AUGACGGGCCUCUUGGCUAAAGACACCAUUAGUGAGGUCAGCAAAACACAGAACCCAUCUCAUUGGCUUGUGGUGGCUAAGGCUGAGCCCAGUCUUGUUUUUAAGAGUGCCAGGUUCACAAAUCUGUUCUGCGGGCGUAGGAAGAUGGCCUGGGAUAUGUUUAAUAGCACAGGUGAGUUAAUUAAAAAAGCUGUGAGCGUAGAGCAGCAGGAUGAACGCUCACCAAGAGUUACUGAAGUCGUCAAAGACAGAGCGAAGAGUCUGAGUCAGACCUCUGACUCCACACCAUCUACCAAAGGUUUUCCUCUUACCUGUCAAGAGCAAAACUCCGUAACUGUCCCAAUCACGCUAUUUAAAAAGGAACUCAAAAUGAGUCAGAGUCUUCAUUAUGGGCUUAUCAGCACACUGUCUGAGCCGCUUUUCAGCAAUGAAGAGUGGUAUUACCAAAAUCUCUCAAAUGACAGUUACAGCGAUUAUGAUGGCCAUGACUCUGACUUGUAUGGUGGGCCUGAUAAACAUCAAGAAAACAUGAUCAAAACAUUCCAGACGUGUGCUUUCUGCGUGAUCUUUCUACUAGGCGUUGUAGGAAACUGCCUCGUGAUCGCCACCUUUGCCCGCUACUGUUGCCUCCGGCUUCGCUCCAUGACUGAUGUCUUUCUGUUCCACCUUGCGCUGGCAGACCUCAUCCUGCUCCUCACCAUCCCUUUGCAGGCCAUUGACACCCAUCUGGGUUGGAUCUUUCCUGCCCUCAUUUGCAAAAUCAUGCGUGCAUGCUACGCUAUCAACACGUACAGCGGGCUGCUGCUGCUUGCCUGCAUAAGCGUCGACCGCUACAUGGUGGUUACACGAGCCCAUAAGAUGCUGCGACUGCGCAGCCUGAUACUGACAGCAGGAAAUGUUGCUGCUGUAGGUGUCUGGAUUGCUGCUGUUCUCCUCAGCCUGCCUGAAAUCAUCUACUCUGGAGUCAACAUGAAUGCUGGUUCACUAUACUGUGGCCUUCAAGCAGCAGGGCUCGUCAGGAUGGCCCCCAGUGGUACCAUCAUUGCUGUCUUCUGUGUGUCCUUUGUCAUCAUGGUGACAUGCUAUACUUCCAUUGGUGUAGUUUUAUGGGGCGGCCACGUGCAUCGCAAAGGUAAACAGUGGCAUCGUCAGCGUACGCUGAAGCUAAUGGUGUUUCUGGUCUUAGCUUUUCUGAUGUUCCAGCUGCCCUACACCUUGAUAUUGUCUCUCAAACUAGCGGGAAAGUCCAAAACUACGGUGCUAGAGUAUGCCACCUGUACUCUGGCUUACUCCCGCUGCUGCCUCAACCCCAUUCUGUAUGGUCUGGUCGGCAUGCGCUUCCGUAAGGAUGUGCUGCAACUCAUGCAUGAUUUGGGCUGCCCAUGUGGAUUCCAGUUAAGGCUGCAGAUGGUGAGCUCUACAUCUAUCUCUGCCACAUCUCCUGCUCUCACAGUGCCCUCAGUUUGUUCUCCAACAUCACCCGAUCGCAGCAUCUCCAGCGGCAACGCGGAAUCUUCCCUCAAAUUUCACUUUCCAGCAGCGAGAUCAGAAGUUCCAGUUUUAACUUGAGCGCACCAGUCGUCAUGAAGAACCCAGCCAUUAUGAAACAAAUAAGCCUAAAUGUUGGAGCCGGCGCCUGUAGGGGUGUCAGUACUUUGUGGCGUCAAACAGAUGCAGCAGAUUUUAAAUGCUGUUGCACGUGUCCUCCAGUAGACCAAAAAAAAAAACAGAUCCUAUCACCUCCCCAGGUCUGCACACCAGCCCUGCCUAUCUCAGCGAGCUGAUUCAAACUCAACCGUUCAUUUAAAGGAAUUGUACAGAUCUCUUCAGUUACCUGAAACUGGGUUGGUUUCUGUUCCAAGAAUCUUAACUGAAACAAGAUCAGCAUUUAAUUUUCAUUUUGUUUAAAUAAUUUAGUACUAUAUAUUUUAUGUAUAGCAUGCAUAUCGAGAAGAAGCAUUUUUGUUUCUUAUAAAGGUUUAAAACAUGUUUUCAAAUGUAAAGGUUUGUUCAGGUUUAAUACAUUUUUCAGCUUUUGUAUU